AUGGAGGAACAGGAAACACAAACAGAGCCACAACAGAAUGAAUCCUCCCUUCAGAUACUGGAGGUAUAUGAAGAAAUAAACAUAAAAUGGAGGGGAUUACCGCUGGAGAAAAGACCGAAAAUCCAGAAAAUUCAACUAAAUACUGCAGCCAAGAACUCCAUCAGAGCGAUCGACUCGGCCUUGAGAGAAAUCAUCCAAAACGCAAUGGACUUUGAAGACCUGUGUCAUAAGGUUUAUUGUGCAGCUAUCACCGCGAACCUUAUUGUACAAACAGAAAAAAAGGGAGGAGAGCAGAACCAACAACCUCGGAAACCACCAUGGGAGGAGCGCCUGGAAAAACGAAUAGCAUCACUCAGAAAGGAGAUAAGCAUUAUUCAUCUUUAUAUGAAUAAUGAAAAAGUGAGCAAUAGGGUACAUAGGAAACUGAGGGAGUACAUAAGAAAAAUUAAGUUGAAGGAACGGGAUGCACACUAUAAAACUAAAUUACGGACGCACCUCGAAAAACUCAAGCAAAAAAUUGCUGCUUUAGGAAAUCGCCUGAGGAGGUAUCAUAAGAGGACCCAGAGAUAUCAACAAAACAACCAGUUCACCAACAAUCAAAAAAUGUUCUUCAGGAAAAUAGAUCAAAAAAACAAUGGAAAAAAUGAAAAACCCCCAAACCCGAAAAAAAUGAAAGAGCACUGGUCUUCCUUAUGGUCAGCAGAGAAGGAACACAACCGGACGGCCCCAUGGAUUGAAAUCGAAAGGAAGGCACAACAACAUUUACAAGAGAUGCCCAAAGUGACGGUGAGCGAGAACGAUGUCAAAGAAACAACCAGAAGGAUGAAGAACUGGGUGUCCCCUGGCAUAGAUGGAAUCCACAAUUACUGGUUCAAAGCUUUGACAUCUGCUCACAAGGCUAUGGCGCGACUUAUAGAGGAAGCAUUAGAAAACCCUGAGAUCAUCCCAUCUUACUUUACAAAGGGGAAAACUUUCAUGGUGCCAAAGAAGGGAGACUUAGCACAACCUGAAAAUUAUAGGCCUAUCACAUGCCUACCUUCUGCCUAUAAGAUAUUAACAUCCACGCUGGCCCACAAAAUUAGCACACACCUCAAAAGCAACAACAUAAUGGCCUGGGAGCAGAAUGGUUGCAAAAGCAAGAGUCGGGGCAGCAAAGAACUCCUGGUUAUAGACAGAGCAAUCACGAAACAGGCAAAGAAGAAAAACAAAAACAUAGCCGUCGCCUGGAUAGACUACCAAAAGGCAUAUGACUCUGUCCCACACUCGUGGCUGAUCGAAAUAUUGGAAAUCUACAAGAUAGAAAGGAGGGUGAUAAACACGCUAAAAUUCUUGAUGAACACAUGGAGGACAACUUUAUCAGUGAGCGAAGGUAAAGAGACCUACGAAACAUCUGAAAUAUUAAUCAGAAGAGGCAUCUUUCAGGGGGAUGGACUGAGCCCGCCCUGGUUCUGCUUGGCGCUCAAUAUUCUAAGUAGUAUGCUCAAUAGAUCAGCAUACGGAUACGCCAUCGAUGCCCGGACAAAACUGACGCACCUUUUCUAUAUGGACGACUUGAAGCUCUACGCAAGGGGACGAACACAGCUGGAGGGGGAGUUGGAACUGGUCAGGAGCUUUAGUGAGGACAUAGGUAUGACACUAGGGCUAGAAAAAUGCGCGACUAUAACAGUUAAAAGAGGGAAGAUGGUGGAAGAGGAGAACAUGAGGCUAAGGGAUGACAAACAGAGAAUAAAGAACAAGCAAAAACAGAAUUACUUAGGAGGGUAA